GAUUUUUUUCAUUGGACGUUUGCGUAACCCGCUCUAUGCGAGGGCGUGUUUUGCCUUUAUGAAUACAACGUAGCUUAUUAUCCUAAAACAACAUAUUUUACCAGGGCCGUGUAUGGAUAUUUUCCGGGGCAGUGAAUCGGAAGUGAAGGUUCACAGUUCAUCUUUAAGGUUAUUACCUGUUGAGAAGCAUAUCAGGUAGUGACCAAAGGUGCUCAUAUCUUUUUUAUUGACCUACUUAGUAAAUUGUUGCGAAAUUAUAAAUGCAAGCGGGGAAUACUUUUAUUUGUAUACAACUAGUUCAGAAUGAAGAAUGCAAGAAACAGGUGGAGGCCGGCGGCGAGGAAAAUGUAAAUGGUUCAAUGUUGCCAAAGGGUGGGGAUUUAUAACACCUGAUGAUGGCGGACAAGACGUAUUCGUUCAUCAGUCAGUAAUACAUAAGGCAGGUUUUAGAAGUUUGGCUGAUGGUGAAGAAGUUGAAUUUGAAAAUGUGCCGUCGGAUAAAGGUGUGGAGGCAACGUACGUGUCGGGACCAUCUGGUGUGGAAUGCAGAGGAUCUGACAGAAGACCAAUGUCCAGAAAGAAAUUUAGAAAGAUAAGGUGUUACAACUGUGGUGACUUUGGAAACCAUAUAGCUGCUAAAUGUCCUUAUGGACCUUUACCAAAGAGAUGUCACAAUUGUAAAUCCACGGAGCAUCUGAUAGCUGAUUGUCCUUUAAAGGAUCCAAACGAACAGAAGGGGUCACGAAAAGGGAGCGGGAGCAGCUUGAAUGGUGCUGAUUUCUCUGGAGGGAUGGGAGCCUCGGGUUAUGCUUAGAAACUACCUCUAACUUAACUAUGAUUCUAUUAGAAACUACAAUUAUUAGUCAGUUUGAUUAGAACAAAUAGUUUAUUUUGUUGUUUAUGGUAGAUUAACAGCACCGGAACAAGUGGAUUUGAAGACAUUACUAAAUAAAUUCGAAUAUGGUUUAUAAAACCGGUUUGAAUUUUGUUACAAACAGUGUUCUUAAUUGCUGGAGUAUUUUUCUGCUUUGUUUUUUAGUAUACACGUUAUAUAAUUGCUUUUUAUGGUGUAAAAUACGUUAGAAAUACUUUGUGAUUCUUUUAUAAGUACAAUUUUGUAAAAUUAUUUUAAAAUCAUUUGUUUGAGGUGCGUAUUGUUUCUGUUCUAUUUUUAAGUUGAUAAAAGUAAACCCUUUUUAUACCUUAAAGAAAACAAAAUAUACUUUGACGAUAUGAUUUUGUUUUUAUUGUUAACUUGUUGUUAGUACAACCAUUUAUUAAAGGCUGUAUUAAAACGGUAAUUCCGAUACAAUUUAUAAGGGAAUGUAUGAUAGGUACUGACAAUUUAUAAUUUCCUUUAAUAUAGCGUCUUCUUAGGAGGGUUAGAUUUUCGACACAAGAUUGAGUGUAAUAAGGCAAUUGUAAUUUAUUUUUAUUUCAUUGGUAAAAAUACAACAAAAACACAAUUAAUGUUAGACAUAUUUUAAUACCGAAAUAAAAACAUGGUUAUAUAAUGUUUUAUUGGGUUAAUUAUACAAAAUAAGCGAUGCAUCUGAUGUAAUGUAGAACGCAUGUAUGACGUCAAAGGCCGUUGUAUGUUGACAGUGAUUAAUUUCAACUACAGUCAGCUGUUUUUAAAUCUUUUGUAUCAGGGUCAUAAAAAGCGAAGAAAUGCCAUAAAAACAGAUAUAUAAAUUUUCGCAUGUUAGGUAAGACGUUACAAAAAUACGUAUGAAGGUUUUUAAUCUAAUUUUAUUAUGAUUUAACUUUUUUAAAAUCAAUUAUGUAUAAUUAUUGCAUUGCCAGAUCGAGCAUAUUUGUUGCUUUGAUGAAGAUGGUGCAAUGAUGAAUACUUGUGUAUUUCGCUUAUGCUUUUGCUUCAUUUGUUAUGUUUGAUUUUACUACGCACAUUUGUUCAUUAUUUUGUCCAUAUGAAUUAUACUUUUUGACUCUUAUCUGUAAGGUUUUGUUGUAUAAAAUGAGCGUCAUAAAUACAAUUAUUUGUUAAGAUUGUAU